AUGUCAGGCGUUAAUGUUGCGGGUUCUUCCCUGAAGUAUAGAAAUUUAUUGGUUGUAAUCAAACAAACCGCCUUCGAAGAGUAUUCCCAAUUAAAACUGCGUGGUCAGGCUCCCAAAGCACUGCGAUGGAAGCGUUUGGAGCAGCGUUACAAGGCUCACAAAAAGUGUGUCAACGACUUGUUAGGUGUGCUGAGGAAACAAGAAGUUGGGUUCAGCUGUGUCAAUCGAGUAGAGUUGGAUCGUCAGCAUCUCGCUGAUAUCGACCUUAUGGUGGCGGUUGGAGGAGAUGGUACAGCCUUGAGUGCCGCUCAUUUUUUGGACCAUGGAACGAUUCCGUUGUUGGGCGUAAACUCGGAUCCGAACGUAUCGCUUGAAGACACCAAUACGACAAAGCAGGUAGAUGAACGAAGAUCACAUGGUGCCUUGUGCAUGUGCACAGCACAAGAUUUGAAUGAGAGCCUACCUAAAGUUCUGUUUGGGGAAGCUGAGGACCACCUCACGAAACGGACGAGAAUUCGGUGCAAAGUGAAGUCGACCUUUUCGGAAACGAGGCUGGUACCAGCCUUGAAUGAUUUGCUUAUUUCCAAUCCUAGUCCCGCUGCAGUAUCUCGUUUCCGUAUGGGAUACUUGGAAGAAAGUCAAGACUCAGACAAGCCAAAACCACAGGAGUACGGCACCGUGACAAGGUUUGCGGGCAUUCCAUACGAUGUUACUCGGAGUCUGAAUGUUUGGUCCUCUGGAUUAUGGGUUAGUACUAGCACUGGGUCUACUGCUGCAAUGGCAGCUGCUGGUGGACAAAAGAUGGGUUUCAAUUCCGAUGAUCUACAAUACUUGAUUCGUGAGCACAUGAUGGAAAAUGCGAGCGAGGAUGUGACAGCAGAUGUUAACAAUCGAAUGCUGGUCAAUGGCGAAAAAUUGCACCUUCGAUGGAACUCGCAACGUGGACGAAUCUUCAUUGAUGGCUCGCAUCUGACGCACAAUUUGGAACUUGGGGACGAAAUCAUGAUUGACAAUAAUGCCCCCCCCCUUCCAAUGUACAUCCCCAAGUCGACGACAAGGUGA